GCAUUUUCUAAGAUCUGUUUUUCUUCCAAAACCCUAGAGUUCAUAAAUUUUUCAUCUCUAAAUCUCUGAUCUUGUGUCAUCCAUCAGUUAAUUAUUGAAAGUCAAUGGCUGAAGAGGCGGCAGCCGUGGCAGCAUCGGCGCAGCCGCCGCCACAAUCAUCUGUGGCUCCAUUGGGAUCUUCCGUUAUACCGAUAGUGAACAAGCUUCAGGACAUCUUCGCUCAGCUUGGUAGCCAGUCCACGAUAGAGUUGCCGCAGGUGGCGGUGGUCGGAAGUCAGAGUAGUGGAAAGUCCAGCGUGCUCGAGUCACUCGUUGGACGUGAUUUCUUGCCUCGAGGUAACGAUAUCUGCACGCGCCGUCCGCUAGUCCUUCAGCUACUCCAGACCAAGCGUAAGCUUGAUGGUUCUGAAGAGGAGUACGGCGAGUUUCUUCACUUGCCUGGAAAGCGCUUCUAUGACUUCUCUGAGAUUCGCAGGGAGAUUCAGGCUGAGACAGACAGGGAGGCUGGAGGGAACAAAGGUGUCUCUGACAGGCAGAUUCGACUUAAGAUUUUCUCACCAAAUGUUCUUGAUAUCACUCUUGUGGAUUUGCCUGGAAUCACAAAAGUUCCUGUGGGUGAUCAACCCUCUGAUAUUGAAGCUAGAAUUAGAACAAUGAUCAUGUCGUACAUUAAACAACCAAGCUGUCUGAUUCUGGCUGUUACUCCAGCUAAUUCAGAUUUAGCAAACUCUGAUGCUCUUCAACUUGCAGGAAAUGCUGAUCCUGAUGGUACUAGAACCAUUGGGGUUAUCACAAAGCUUGAUAUAAUGGACAGAGGUACUGAUGCUCGUAACCUGUUGCUUGGAAAAGUGAUUCCCCUUCGACUUGGUUACAUAGGUGUUGUGAAUCGAAGUCAGGAGGAUAUUUUACUGAACCGGAGUAUCAAGGAUGCCCUUGUGGCGGAGGAAAAGUUCUUCCGCAGCCGUCCAGUAUAUAAUGGUCUGGCUGAUCGUUGUGGUGUUCCUCAAUUGGCGAAGAAGUUGAAUCAGAUUUUAGUCCAACAUAUCAAGGCAAUACUUCCUGGGCUGAAAUCACGUAUUAGUUCUGCGCUGGUGUCUUUGGCAAAGGAACAUGCAAGCUAUGGAGAAAUCACAGAAUCAAGGGCUGGUCAGGGAGCUCUUCUACUGAAUAUUCUUUCGAAGUACUGUGAAGCUUUCUCGUCAAUAGUAGAGGGGAAAAAUGAAGAAAUGUCUACAUCUGAGCUAUCUGGUGGAGCAAGGAUUCAUUAUAUUUUCCAAUCUAUCUUUGUUAAGAGCUUAGAGGAGGUUGAUCCAUGUGAAGACUUGACUGAUGAUGACAUUCGAACAGCCAUUCAGAAUGCAACCGGUCCUCGAUCUGCGCUAUUCGUACCAGAAGUCCCAUUUGAAGUACUUGUUCGAAGGCAAAUAGCACGUCUGCUAGAUCCAAGCCUUCAAUGUGCCAGGUUCAUAUAUGAUGAGUUAAUAAAGAUAAGCCAUCGCUGUAUGGUUAAUGAACUGCAGCGGUUUCCCGUUCUGAGAAAGCAUAUGGACCAAGUUAUUGGAAAUUUUCUCCGAGAAGGUCUUGAACCAUCUGAGACAAUGAUAGGUCAUAUUAUUGAAAUGGAGAUGGAUUACAUAAAUACUUCACACCCGAAUUUUAUUGGUGGGAGCAAGGCUGUGGAGCUUGCCAAUCAACAGUUCAGGAAUUCCAGGGUUGCUCUUCCCAUAUCUAGAUCAAAGGAUGGAUUAGAGACUGAUAAGGCACCUGGUUCUGAAAGAAGUGUUAAAUCUCGGGCUAUUAUUGCUAGACAAGUUAAUGGAAUCGUGGCUGAUCAGGGAGCCCGCCCUGUUGCAGAUGUUGAAAAAGCUCCAUCCAGCGGUACAAGUGGUUCAACUUGGGUUUCAUCAAUAUUUGGUGGCAGUGAUAACCGCUCAUCAGCAAAGGAGAGCUCGACAAACAAGCCAUACACAGAACCUGUUCAUAACAUGGAACAGGCAUUUUCCAUGAUCCAUUUGAGAGAGCCACCAUCAGUCCUGAGGCCUUCAGAAGAUCGUUCAGAAACUGAAGCUAUUGAAAUUGCUGUUACCAAAUUGCUCUUGAGAUCAUACUAUGACAUUGUUAGGAAGAAUAUAGAGGACUCUGUGCCUAAAGCAAUUAUGCACUUCUUGGUAAACCAUACAAAACGAGAACUUCACAAUGUCUUUAUCAAAAAGCUUUACAGAGAAAAUCUGUUUGAAGAAAUGUUACAGGAACCUGAUGAGAUUGCUUCUAAGAGAAAACGUACUCGAGAAACACUCCGAGUUCUCCAACAGGCAUUCAGGACAUUGGACGAGUUGCCAUUGGAAGCUGAAACAGUAGAGAGGGGAUACAGUUUGGGUUCGGAUCCAACAGGCUUGCCAAAGAUCCACGGACUGCCAACAUCAUCAAUAUACUCUUCGGGUGGUUCAGACGAUGCCUAUACAGCUUCUCCUAAAAACCCAAAAUCUCGCAAGUCAUCUCACUCUGGUGAACUGUCGACACACUCGUAUGCUAAUAAUACAGAUUCAAAUGGAAGUGGACGUAGUUACAUGCCAGGUCUCUAUCCUACAGUUGAUUAUUAAGACGAAUGGAACAGACAAGGGUGCAUUUCAGUUCAAGUUCCUUUCAUCUAAGCGGGAGGGCAUUAUAUUCAUUUGAUUGCUCAGUCUAGUUAGCUAUCAUAAUAUAGGGUUAUACUUGGGUUGUUUAUAGUUUUAGAAAGAACAAUGGGAUGAGAAACCUGUUCUUUUGCGGGUCAAAAACAAUAGUUUUAGCUUUGGGUAAUGCGGCCCGAUGUUUACUUUCAAAUGUGAAUUGAUGUGAGAUUUGAAUCUCAUUUUUUUUUGGGGUUUUGCAUGUAAUUUUCAAUUUUGCAUUCGAUUUUUUCUUUUUGGGAGAACAUGAGAUAACAAUUGAAUUAAAUUUUGGAUUCUUGUUUAA